CUCAUAAUGGAAAGUGGGGAAGAAGGAAAAAAAUAUGAAAGCAGCUAUGGUCAGAAAAUGUUAAAGCAUACAAAAGAAGAUCUGAGAUAAACAAGAUUUGUGUUGUUAUCUUCAUUUGCCUCUUUAUGGCUUUAUUACUUCCUCUUUACACUAAAAUUUUGAUUUAUCUCUCUCUCCUUUCCCAAACAGUAGAAAAUCAAACCAACCAUAGAUGCUUACAUUUGCUAAUACAUAUUAGAUAACAUGUAUAUCCUUAUCAUGGACCCUACUUAUCAGGGAGUUUCAACGUCAGAAAAUGGGGUUUUGUAUCAAGCAGAUCACAAGUGCUAACUAUCUAGUAAUCAUCUUCACUUACUUAGUUUUGAAGGAAAUCAUAAAUUGCAUCCACAUCCAACUGGUAAAUACAAGUUUUUUAUUGGGCAAUUUGAUUUAAAUAACCCAUAUAAGUAGUUAAGCCUACAAACUUUGAGAAACUCAACCAUGAGAGAAUUUAGACAAAACCUGCAACACUUCAAGUCUUCCAAAGCAUCUGAAGAAAUGACCUUCAAUAUGGAAGUCAUAAACCAGUUCUCUAAUGCGACGGAGAGUGUGUUAGAGGAUUUCAAUGAAACAGAAUCAUCAGUGGAAAACUUCUGGGGCUACCAUUUCCAGCUACCGGAAAACACAUCGCCAAGCUCACUUUCCAAUUUUUCUUCUGUUGCUCUACUGAAAUGUCAGAAAGAUUUUCCAGUGAUAACUCGAAGCAGUCUACUUGUAGAUAGUGCACAAGAAACCAUGAAAAGAAAAGAGAAACAAGUAUCAGAAAGCAAUUCAGGAAUCCUUUGUGCAGCUUUUGGAAAUGACAGUAGUAAUGCUAGGUCUUCAAAAAACUUGGGAGGAGGAAGGAAAAGAAGGAAUUGUGAGAAAGAACAAGAAAAGCCUGGAGUAGUUCAUGUUAGAGCAAAACGAGGUCAAGCAACAGAUAGUCACAGUUUAGCAGAAAGGGUGAGAAGAGAGAAAAUCAACCACAAAUUAAAAUGCUUGCAAAACAUUAUUCCAGGUUGUCACAAGUCAAUGGGCAUGGCGAUGGUGUUGGAUGAGACUAUCAAUUAUGUUUAUUCACUACAAAAUCAGGUCGAGUUUCUCUCAAUGGAGCUUGCAGCUGCAUGUUCCACUUUAGGUAUAAAUUUUGGCAUGGGGGAUAACAGAUAAGCUUUGGUACUCCAACAACUACCCAAAAGUUUAUUUACUUUUGACAUUUUACUUUCUACUAAUGAAACCAUGGAGUAAAUUAGUGCCUACUUUAACUGGUUUUGUUCAGGGAUCUAUUUCUGAAAGCAUGGGAGGAAGUUACUUUUACUUUUUCAUUUUGCAAAGCAAGUUACUUCCCUUAUGGCAAAAAUAGAAGUAUGUCUAGGAGAAUGAAAAAAAGAAAAAAAAUAAUAAUAAUAAAGAAACGUAUAGACACUCCUUUAUUUCAGUUCACACAAGUUCUUCACUCACCUCAUUUUUUGUCUUCAUGACAUGACUUCUCCUUACACAAAAUUUUUCUCUCCACCUACCCCAAGAUAAUUCCUUUAAAGAGUUUGGAUGUUGAAUAAGAAUUUACCAUUCACGCUGAAGAAAACAAGAAACAAGGGGGGGAGGGAUGUCAAGUGCAAUGAUAUUUAUUGAUAGAUCAACAGAAAAAUGGUGUGGAUUGGCUAGAGGAAGGGUAGGAGUAGGGUGGGUUUAAAAAGAAGGAUAAAAAGUUAAUUUUUGUCCAGACUUAAUUUAACAAAAAGAUCUAAGAAUAUGGUGGGUCGAGUGAGCCAGUUUGAUUGGACAAAGCUAAAUUCCCAAGAAAUCAAACAAUAUAAAAUAAACUUCUUGCUAAGUAUGGAACUCAUAUUGGUGCUUUGUUUAUUUAUUAAUGUUAAAGAAUUGAUGUUUAAGCUUUAAUCAUAACACUGCAGGGGACAAGAUCACAUGAGAAAUAGGAGAUAAAGAAAUUAUGAGGAAAUGAUAAAGAGAGCAGAGUUGCUUCCACUUGAUUAAGCCCUUUUUGACUGCAAAUGGGGCAUCUGUUAUCUAUCUGUUGUCACAAAUCACAUGAGUUUGCUUCCUACAUUCAUUUUCCUUUUAGGCAAACAAGAUAGUGCUUUUUCACAAGUCUACAGAAUGCCGAAAACAAAACUAUCAGAGAGUGAUGUAUCAGUUUUACAUCUAGCGUAAGUUGCAGAUAGUAGAAAAGUUGCAACCAAAUACCUGAUAUUGGCCAUGUCCGGUCCAUAUGAGAUUUUUAACAGCUUCUUGAUGGGAUUUUGUUAUCUUGUCUGGGUCAUGUCUACUUGUUUAAACAACUGAGACUGUGAUUCUCUUUUGACUUUGUACUAUCAUUUUAUGUCUUCAGCCAAUAGCUUAGGUUUUUUAAGACCUUAAAUUAUCAAAUGAAAAGUAACUACAUUAGCUGGUA